UCAAAAUGACUGAGGUUGUGUCUAAUGGGCCAGUUUUGGCCGAUUCAACAUUUAGGACAAGGCCUAAUUUCUCUAGUUACAUGUAUGUGGACGCUAACGCAGGUGGAAAUGCUGUGCAACAGAUAGAAACACAUCGUAGAGCUCGUCAUAUGAAAUUUCCCACACUGAAAGGUAGGGGCGAUGUUGAUUCUUUCACAACAAAUAUGAAAACUGACAUUGGUUACAAGAAGUGGAACGAUGAGGGAGAUUUUAGGUCAAAUGCCCCCUACAGGGAUUAUGAUAACAUCGUGGAUCCUGUAUCGGGAUUUGUCAGUGCUGGAGGAGAUGUAGAUAGAAACACUGGCCGUAAAAAGAUCAAUUCCCUCGUUCAGCUCAAUGAAACUCCGCAAGCUGUACCUCCUCAGGACAAGAAUUCAGAUCGGAAGAAUGAACAGAAGGCACCGCCGGAACUGAGGCGGUCCAACACAUAUGCGCCAGGUGCCCCUUCAAUGUGGAAUAGUCGAAGUGUCUCAGAUAUCUGGAUCAGGUCACAACUAGGAGGUUGGACUAGUGAUUAUGACCCCAGACAGCCUGCCCCUGAAAUGAGCAAGUGGAGGUCAAAGUCUGCUUUUGUGCCGAAGCCUCCCUCAGAACAGAGCCGUGAUGGGAGGGACCAUCUAGCCAUGAAAUAUAAAUAUGGCACAUCCACACAAAAGUCAUUUGAGGAGGUCCCAUGGGACAAUAUGCUUCAUCCAAAACAAUGGGCACCUGUCUCAACAUUGGAAGAAAGGCCAGAUAUGAUAUCACAAACCUACACGCUCAAACGAUAUGACCCUGCAGCUGAGGAAUGGCAGAGUACAGGACGUUCCUGGGACUGGUUCCAAAAGAGGCGUGGCUAUUACAAGGAUCAACCUAUAGUCUUCUGUAGUUCUAACCCUCGUGCUCAACAGAUCCCCAGUUAUGGUGGCUCCAUAGGAGCAGAAAACUUAGAUGAAAUAGACAAUGCUCAAGAACCGUUUGACCCUUAUACUGUGAAGAGAGUCCUUAUUCCUCGCUACAGUGAAACAGGACAUCGACCUAAUAUUCCUGGAUACAAAGGUUGUACACUAUGGAGGGGUGUGUAUGCCCCAGCUCAUCAAAAGUCACAGGCUACCACUGCUAUCACACACAAGUCGUUACCGAUCUCCCCGAACAAGUCUGAACACAAGAAAGACUCCAAGAUGUCCAGAAUGGUCACCACUGUUCCACCAUGUAAUCCGUUCAAUCAGAUUAACAAAUUAGAGGAGAUCAUCGCCACUAAUAAAUCUGUGGCCUAAAUAUAGGUUUUUAUUUCUGUACUUAACUCUUCUAUGUGACCUAAUUUGAUAUUUGUUUUCUGUUAUGACACUAGUUUUGUAUCUAAUUUCAAAAGAAUUAAUUUACCAUUCUUAAGGUAAAUUACAAUCCCAGUUAAAGUUAAAGUGUGAUAAAAUUCUUUUAAAAAGGACAAAAGAAUUUUUCUAAUAUGAUGUUUGAGUGUCUUUCACAUCUGCAAGGAUUUACGAUAGAAAAUAUAAAAAAAAAAAACAUAAAAGUAUGUGUCGAUAUGAGAAUCAAAAUGCUUUCAGAAGUUGAAAUUUCUCAACAUUUAAAAUCUAAAACUGUUGUUAUUGGACAUUGACAACAUCUCAUUGUAUGCCUAGGUUUUGUGUUGGAACAGGAUAACUCUAUGUUAUCUGUUAUUAGAUAUAUUGGGGUAGGGCUGCUCAGAGGAUGUUAGUGAUGUCUAAUUUUUUAUCAUAGAA